AUGGCCUUCAUGCGGCAGACUGGCACGCUCAUACGCAAGAACUUUACCAUAUUGCUGCGCCAUCCCUUCACCUUCGUCUCUAUUCCCUUCGUCCUGCCCAUCUUCCUGGCCGUUUGGUUUGGCGUUGCGCAGAACCUCUUCCGCCCCCCCGUCACCUACGGCACCGGUGAUCCCAAUGCCAUCCGUUCCCUUGCUGAAGCCCUUGAAGGCGCCGGAAACCGAAACCGUGUCGUCUUCGUCAACGGCGGCUACGAGGGUGGGCCCAUCGACAGCGUGAUCGAUUCCCUGACGACCAGCGCCCAGGCGGCUGACGGCAUCGAAGUCUUGCGCCGUUCCGAUGACAGCUCUCUGAACGUCGACUGCGAGCCGGGACAGAGGGCCGUCACCGACUGCUUUGGUGCAGUCUCCUUUUACUCGUCGCCCUCCGAAGGUGGAAGCUCUGGUGACGGAAGCUUUUGGAACUACACCAUUUUCCUCGAUGGUGCCAUCCAUGGCCUCAACAUCCACGUCGACCGCAACAACAACGACGUCGACAAAUUCCUGCUGCCUCUCCAGAGAGCCGUUGAUGCCGCCAUUGCCAGCGUGACGGCGUCCAAUGCCUCCGACUCGAGCGGCCCUCAGCCAGCUGAGCUGCCUGCGACCAUCGACCGCCUCCCCUUCACCAGCCUGACCGAGGACGAGUACGAGAAGCAGGUGCGCGAGGACUAUCAAUCCAGCAUCAUCAACUUCCUUGCCGUCGCCUACCUCACCACGGUCAUGUUUGUCAUCUAUCACAUGACGGGCUUCAUCGCCACCGAGCGCGAGUCCGGCAUGACCCAGCUCAUCGACGCCAUGAUGCCCAUCCGCCGCCGCUGGGUCGCCCAGCUCGCCCGCGUCAUCUCAUACCACGUCGCCUUUUCUCUGCUGUACCUGCCCGGCUGGGUCGUCGGUUCCAUCGUUCUGCGCGCCAACAUCUGGUCCAACACGAGCAUCGGCGUCGUCCUCGUGUAUUAUAUUCUCGCAGGCCUAGCUAUGGCCUCCGCUGCCAUCCUCGUCUCCUCCUUCUUCCAGAAAGCUCAGCUGAGUGGCGUCACGGCCCUGCUAGCGACCGUCCUCCUCGGUAUCCUGGCACAGGCACUGACCGACCCGGGCACCGGCGUCGUCGCCGUUCUGUCGCUACUCUUCACCCCCUGCAACGUCGUCUUCUUCCUCAUCACCAUGGCUCGCUGGGAGAGAGAGCGCAUGGGCACGAACCUGACCGAGGUGGCCCCCAACAGUUCCUUUGAGCUGCCAGCCAUUGUCUUUUGGAUUUUCCUCAUCAUUCAGAUUUUCGUCUACCCUCUGCUCGGCAUCCUCAUUGAGGGCCGUCUGUUCGGUACGAGCGCCAAGGGCCGCACCGUUCUCUACGAUCAGCCCACGGACGGCUCGCACAAUGGCCCGGCCGUGCGCCUCGAUGGCUUCAGCAAGUACUAUCCACCGUCCGCCUUCCAGCGUCUCAUGUCCGUCUUUGGGAAGCCGCGUGAGACUGUCAAGGCCGUCGACGGGUUGACUCUGGAUGCCCCGCGAGCAUGA